AUGCAAGCUGCUCAAGGACUAUGUAUGCAAUUGAUCGAGAGGUUUGGUGAAGAUGUUCUCUCCCAGAGAGGUGUCGUCUUUGGUUAUGAUGGACGUCAUAAUUCUCGUCAAUUCGCUCAUGUUGCCUCGGCUGUCUUCAUCACGAAAGGUGCUAAAGUCUACCUCAUCGACAAGACCAGUGUUACUCCUUCCAAUCCAUUCUUGAUUGUUCAUUUCCAUGCUCUAGCUGGUGGUCAGAUGACAGCCUCUCACAACCCGAAGCAGUACAAUGGUUUCAAAGUAUACGGCGAUAACGGUGCUCAAAUUAUCCCUCCAGUUGAUGCCGAGAUCGAGGCUAAGAUUGCUGAGAAUUUGGUCCCAUGGAAAGAUGCUUUGGAGUUGUUGGAUUUGGAUACCUGUUUAUUAAAGGACAAGUCCAAGACCAUCGAUCCUUACAAUGAUGCCUUGUACACCUACAUCGAUCAGAUGUAUCACGAGCUGUGCCGAUUCCCUGACCUCAACAAGGACUGCAACUUACAGUUCGUCUACACGGCUAUGCAAGGUGUUGGUCUUCCAUUUGCUACCGGUUUGAUGGACAAGUUUGGCUUCCCCAAGAAGUGUGUGUCGAUCGUGGAAGCGCAGGCUCACCCUGAUCCUGAGUUCUCCACUGUCGCCUUCCCCAACCCCGAAGAGAAGGGUGCACUCGACAUGAGCAAGCAACAGGCAAUUGAUGAGGAUGCCGAUUAUGUAUUGGCAAAUGAUCCCGAUGCUGAUCGUUUCACUUCUUGCGAAAAGCAGAAGGACGGUUCAUGGCAUCAAUUCACUGGUGAUGAGCUUGGUACCGUCUUUGGAGAUUGGCAACUGUUGAUGGCUCAUCGUCGUG